AUGAUUAACAUAAAAACUUGUCUCUUGUUCUUACUCUUUAUAUGUUUGGCAGCUAGUUUAGACAAAAGCUUUGAACGACGUGUAGCUGCACUUCGAAAUCUUCUAGAAUCAGACGACGAUGAUUUGCAAGAAUCUGAUCCAGACCGUCGACACAAUGAAUAUGAAACUCAUCGAAGCAGAAAUGCAAUCAAUUCAAAUCGACGAAAUUUCUUGAAAAAUAUUGAAGAUGAACUAGACGAAGAUGAAGAUGAACAGAAUUUAGAAUCACGUGUAUCAUCAAACUCACAAACCAACAGUAGUGGAUAUGUAAUAAUUCUUCAAAAUUAUGCUGCAAUGAAUACUCGUCUUCGUGUUCUAUAUUCAGAUCCUCAAUGUCAAGCACACUUGAUUGAAGGUGACACAUUAAUGACUCAUCAAACAGAUUCAAUAACUGUACCACCAAAUGCUCGUAACAUACAAGUUACCGUCCAAAAAGAUAUAUUUGCUAAUAAUUGGCGUGAUGUUCAUACUGUUUCGAUGAAUAGUAGUAAACUAUGUUUACGUAUUCUUGGUGUUACAGUAUCUUCAAAAAUUCAUCCAUGCGAAUAG